AUGGACCACUGCCCUUUCAAAGUGAAGACCACCGGCCUUUUGGACACUUCGUUACGUGCGUUGGAAGACGGUGGAUGCGAGACGGAGGACUCGGCGGUGGUUCGGGUGAUCCGCAUCGGCAGCUUGCAGGGCACCUGCGACGUGACGCUUGGCGGACCGGAGGACGAAGGAGCACGAAGUUUUGGGCAGCUUCCAAGAGGAAGGGCGUGGUACACCGAAGACUUCUCGGCCGUGGCCGGGCGGAAGUACAUCGGUGCCCUGGUGGUGUUUUCACGUGCAGAGGACGGUGGCGAGGGCAUCCUGAACUUCGGCCCCGGAGAGUCGGUGAGGACCGCGUUCCCGCCGGACCCGGUGGACCGGACUUUCGAGGUGAAGAUCAUCAACGACGAUAACUUCGACACCGCCCUGGAGACUUUCCGGCCGCGCGACGCGCGACGCGCGCGACGCUUGGGCGGUGCCGUCCGUGUGGCGCAGGAUCCCCGCUACAAAACGUCCAGUGUGAUGAUCCUCGACGACGACUUGUUCCCCUCCAACGACUUCAAGGAAGAGAUCGAGACGGGGGAAGAAGCAGUACCCUGUCUCUCCGUACCGGCCCUGGCCGGUUGCUCUGACUCGGUGAGUGAUGGUCUCUUAUGGUCUUUCAUCAAGUUCUGCUUCGUUCAUGUGGAUCAGAUCUGGUGGAAGACCAUCUUGGUGAAUGCCUACUAUUUGGCCACCAUCUUCAUCAAGGUCUACUUGAUCGACGCCUGGCUGGGCUGGUGUUUGACCUUCCGGAACGAUCCCGAGGCUGAGGAGCGUCUCUGGAUCCCGGGCGAUCGCAACGGCACCGCGGUCUGCUUGGGCUUGGCCUGGGUCUUGCCCAACAUCAUCCUUUUGGCUUCGGAUUACUUUGAGAUGAAGGGCUUGGAGAUGGGCUUCAACAUUCGAAACCACCUUCGUGUGAACCUCUUCCGGAAGUACCUGCGUUACACUUCCGAGUCCCGAGCAGCUGUGCCGGUGCAAGAUUUGAAGAUUGCCAUCAUGGAGGACGGACGUGGUUUCCAUGAUAUCCCUGACGUGGUCGCGGACGGCUAUUUGAUCAUUUUCGAGCUUUGGGCCAUGCUGGGCAAGAUUGGGAUGGUCACGAUCUUCAUGUUGAAGAAAACACCAGGCGAUCGCUGUCGCAUGACCCACGCGGUUGAGAAGAAGACCAUCGUGGUCCGCCACUUCGAGGAGGUCCGGAAGCGCGAAGUGUGUCGAGCGGGUGCGAGGUCCGAGUUCUGGGCCUUCCAGCACCUUUGUGCUGAAGACUCAGAGGAAGCACGUGAUGGACUUGAAAAGCUUCAGCUUUUGGCGACUUGGCUCGCAGGUAGGCGGAAAGGGAUGGGGUCCAGGGUGGCGUGGAUGGAGUCUGAACUCUUUUACCGGGUCGAUGGUCGGAUCGGUGUCGAUGAUCGGAUCGGUGUCGAUGGUGGUGAAUUUCAACCAAACUCAGAGGCUUUGGCUCCGGGCAAACAUGAGCAAGGUGGCGUGGCGUUCCCCAACAUGGCGAACAGCCAGUUGAUCCCCUGGAUUACCUUGCUGGCCAUCGGCUUCUACAUCGGCGGCAGUGCGCAAAUGGUGCUGGGGGGCCGCAUCUCCUUGGGUGCCUUGGUGACCACGAUCAACAUCUACAAGGACCGGCAAAACUCACGCGGCCGUGGCCACGCGUUAAAAAAGAAGCAGUUAAUUUCUGAAAGCAAGGAGAAGAACUGGAGAGAAGAGCUUCCCUCCCCCAAAAUCACCAGUGCAGCGGUUCUAGCUUGUCCAGAUUUUUUUAAGAGACCUGCUAUAAGCCAAGCAGUGGAUGUUUGUUGCUGGCGACCUGAACAUAAUAGCGGUAUAGUAUGA